GAUAUAAAAUCAGGACAAUGAAAUAUGAGCCCAGCACGUUUACCAUCUCUCUCUCUCUCUCUCUAGGGUUACAAACUUUGGGGAUUUUUCGUGUAGGCAGCUCCAAAAAAAGAGUCCGUCAACUGCGCGAGGACUUUGACAUGGGGAUAGAUGUCGCGUUAGACGAAGAGCACAGCGUUCAUGAUGUGGCUGCAUUACUGAAGGAGUUUCUGAGGGACAUGCCUGACCCCCUGUUACCACGAGAACUCUACCGGGCCUUCCUGCACGCUAACUUGUUGAGAGGGGCAGAUCAGUUGACAUACCUGCAGCAGUUGUUGUACCUGUUGCCGCCCUGUAAUUGUGACACCCUGCUGAGGCUCUUGACGCUUCUUCAUACAGUACAGGAGAAUGCAAACAGCUCCACUGGGCCAAACCAGCAGGAG